CCGUUUGUACACUACAUACAUACACACACCUCUUUCUCAAAACACGCAGAGUGAGCCAGACAGAGAGAGAGAGAAACUGAAGAAUUCAAUUCUCUCUCUUCAUAACACUCCCUCAGUCUGCCUUACACUUCACGCCAAACGUCUGCUCCCUCUGCUUCUCUCUCUUUCUGUUGGUGGUAUUAUGUGUGAGGUUGAAGAACCCAGAGCUUAGCUCAUCUUGCUCUUCUGUUCAGUCCCCAUUUUCCUUUUCUUUCUUUUACGUCUCUCUUUUCUGGGUUUUUGCCAUUGGAGCUUUAGUUUGUGGAGGAUGGAGGAAAGGGUUGUCUUCUGCGUCGGACUAGCUUUGCUUCCGCUUUUCUUUCCCUUUGCUUCCCCACUCAACGAUGAAGGAAAAGCGUUGAUGUCAAUUAAGGCUUCAUUCAGUAAUGUAGCCAACGUGUUACUCGACUGGAACGAUGCCCAUGAUGAAGAUUUCUGUUCUUGGCGAGGAGUUUUCUGUGACAAUGUCACCCUCUCUGUGGCCUCCUUGAACCUGUCCAAUUUGAACCUGGGUGGAGAGAUUUCACCAGCCAUUGGAGAUUUGGGGAACUUACAAUCCAUAGACUUGCAGGGGAAUAAGCUUACUGGUCAAAUACCGGAUGAGAUUGGCAACUGUGCUUCUCUUAUGCAUUUGGAUUUAUCUGAUAAUUUCCUGUAUGGAGACGUACCUUUCUCCGUUUCCAAGCUUAAGAAGCUGGAGCUUUUGAAUUUGAAGAACAAUCAGUUGACUGGUCCUAUCCCUACAACUCUAACCCAAAUUCCGAACCUAAAAACUCUUGAUCUUGCUCGGAAUCAGCUUACUGGUGAGAUUCCUAGGCUAAUAUAUUGGAAUGAAGUGCUGCAGUACCUUGGAUUGCGUGGAAACUCUUUGACUGGAUCAUUGUCACCAGAUAUGUGUCAAUUGACGGGCUUGUGGUACUUUGAUGUUAGAGGCAAUAAUUUGACUGGCCCGAUCCCCGACAACAUUGGCAACUGUACAAGCUUUGAGAUCCUGGAUAUAUCAUAUAAUCAGAUAACAGGUGGAAUCCCAUAUAACAUUGGAUUUUUACAAGUAGCUACGCUGUCACUUCAAGGGAAUAGAUUGACGGGAAAAAUCCCUGAGGUGAUUGGUCUAAUGCAGGCCCUUGCUGUUCUGGAUUUGAGUGAGAAUGAACUGGUAGGGCCAAUCCCACCAAUACUUGGCAAUUUAUCCUACACAGGGAAACUAUAUCUCCAUGGCAACAAGUUGACUGGGCCAAUUCCUCCUGAGCUUGGCAAUAUGUCUAAACUUAGCUAUUUACAAUUGAAUGACAACAAAUUGCUCGGUACAAUUCCUGCUGAGCUUGGGAAGCUGCAGCAGUUGUUUGAGUUGAAUCUUGCCAACAAUGAACUGGAAGGUCCCAUUCCACAUGAAAUCAGUUUCUGCACGGCAUUGAAUCAAUUCAAUGUACAUGGGAACCACUUGACUGGGUCUAUCCCUAUGGCAUUCCGCAAUCUGCAGAGUUUAACUUAUCUGAAUUUGUCGUCAAACUAUUUUAGCGAUAGAAUAGCUAUUGAGUUGGGACGCAUCAUCAAUCUUGACACACUGGAUCUGUCUAGGAAUAAUUUUUCAGGCCCUGUUCCAGCUUCUGUUGGUGAUCUUGAGCACCUUCUCACCUUAAAUUUGAGUGAUAAUCAUCUUGAUGGUUCUUUGCCAGCAGAAUUUGGGAACCUUAGGAGUGUUCAAAUUAUUGACAUGUCUUUUAACAAUCUUUCUGGAAGUAUCCCAGCAGAAUUGGGUCAGUUGCAGAACCUUGUGGCAUUGAUACUUAAUAACAACAGCUUGCAUGGGAGGAUACCUGAUCAGCUGACCAAUUGUUUCAGUCUUGCCACCUUGAAUUUCUCAUACAACAAUUUAUCUGGUGUUAUACCUCCCAUGAGGAACUUUUCACGUUUUUCACCAGACAGCUUUAUUGGAAACCCAUUGUUGUGUGGCGACUGGUUGGGAUCAAUAUGCAGACCUUGUGCUGCAAAAUCCAGGGCUAUAUUCUCCAGAACAGCAGUUGUUUGUAUGACAUUGGGCUUGAUCACAGUAUUAUCCAUGGUAAUAGUUGCGGUUUACAAAUCCAACCAAGCAAAGCAGUUAGUCAUGGGAUCUAGCAAGAGUGGGCAAGGUCCUCCUACACUUGUAAUCCUUCACAUGGAUAUGGCCAUACACACCUUUGAUGAUAUAAUGAGAAUUACUGAGAAUCUCAAUGAGAAGUAUAUUAUAGGGUAUGGUGCUUCUAGCACAGUGUACAAGUGUGUACUGAAGAAUUCCCGACCAAUGGCAAUUAAGCGAAUCUACAAUCGGUAUCCAGACAACAUGCGGGAGUUUGAGACUGAACUUGAAACCAUUGGCAGUAUCAAGCAUAGAAAUCUUGUUAGCUUGCAUGGGUAUUCACUGUCACCACAUGGAAAUCUCCUGUUCUAUGACUAUAUGGAGAACGGAUCUCUGUGGGAUCUGCUUCAUGGACCGGCAAAGAAGGUUAAACUUGAUUGGGAAACAAGGUUGAAAAUAGCAGUUGGAGCUGCACAGGGACUUGCUUAUCUUCACCAUGAUUGUAACCCCCGAAUUAUUCACAGGGAUGUUAAAUCUUCUAACAUCUUGCUGGAUGAGAAUUUCGUGGCUCAUCUCUCUGAUUUUGGAAUUGCAAAAAGCAUCCCAGCUGCAAAGACCCACGCAUCAACUUAUGUUCUUGGAACAAUUGGCUACAUUGAUCCUGAAUAUGCUCGAACUUCUCGGCUCACUGAAAAAUCUGAUGUGUAUAGCUUUGGGGUUGUGCUUCUUGAGCUACUAACUGGGAAAAAGGCUGUGGACAAGGAAUCCAACUUGCAUCAAUUGAUAUUGUCGAAGGCAGAUACAAAUACAGUAAUGGAGACUCUUGACCCAGAGGUCUCUGUUACUUGCAUGGAUUUAUCUCAUGUCAGGAAGACCUUCCAACUUGCUCUGCUGUGCCUCAAGCGAAACCCUAUUGAGAGACCAUUCAUGCAUGAGGUUGCACGGGUUUUAGUCUCCCUCCUUCCUGCACCUCCCACAAAACAUUGUUCUGUUUCGAAGGGCAUUGACUAUGCUAAAUUUGCAGUUGACAAGGGACAACAGCAACCAAAAUUGCAGCAGCAGCAACAACCCCAACAGCAACAACACCAUCCUGUUCAGCAAGAGAGUAAUUCAUCUGAUGCUCAGUGGUUUGAACGGUUUGGUGAAGUUAUAUCUAAGAACACGCUUUGAAGUUUCUUGCCCCUUUUGUUUGCAACUCUUUGAAGUGGGAUAAGAAAAGUCCCAAUUUUGGUUCAGAUGGGUUAAGUGCCUUGCUCUAGCAGAUGAAUUCAAUAUAUAUAUAUAUAUAUAUGUCCUAACGAGACAGCUUUUGGAAGUUGUAACUGUCGCAUAGGUAACGAUGUCGUAUAAGAAGAUUGAAAAAUUGUAAUUUUAUAAUGACUUAUUUUGUUGAUGUGCUCAUAAUCAGACAAGGGAAAAGAAAAGAAACCAU